CAGUGCAAGCUCUUCCUGCCUGUCGAUGCCUCAUUCCUACCUGUGAUGCUCAGAGAGAAGCCAUGAGCCCUGAAAAACACCGUAUUGCUCUGUGAUGUCACCUCUGGAAUGUUCUGAGUGUUUUGGUGACCAACUUCUGCAUAGAACCUAUACUUGGCAUCUCACAUUGCACUCAAGGCCAAACUUUACAAGAAAAGAAACCAGAUCUGAAAGCCUAGAAAUUCCAAUCAAUGUGGUUCCGCCUCAGAGUCACCUAAGGUCCCAUUGGAAGACCAUGGCCAUGCAACCAGAGGGCUUGAAAUGUAGGAUGGAGGAAUCCAGUUCACAGAGGGGCACCACCGAGCCCUCCCUCAGGCUCCACAACUUGUACAGCACGCCUCGCUGCAGCAGGCAGGCCGCCCCGCCCAGGCCGAGCCGCGGGGCGUCAGCGCACACUUUUUUGAACCGCUUCUCCUCUGUGCCCCUAGACCCCAUGGAACGCCCUACCUCCCAGGCGGACCUGGAGCUGGAUUACAACCCUCCCCGGGUGCAGCUCAGCGACGAAAUGUUUGUGUUCCAGGACGGGCGGUGGGUGAAUGAGAACUGCCGCCUGCAGUCCCCUUACUUCUCGCCAAACUCCUCGUUCCACCACAAGCUGCACAAGAGAUUGGCCAAGGAGUACCUGCUGCAGGAGGAGAACAGGUCUCUGCGGGAGGAGAACAAGGCCCUGCGCGAGGAGAACAAGACGCUGCGUCGCGAGAACAAGAUCCUGCAAGUCUUCUGGGAGGAGCACAAGGCAGCUCUGGGCCAGGAGGAGAGCCGGGCCUCCUCGCCGCUCCUACACAAGGACAACGCGUCCCUGGAGGUGGUGAAGAAAGACAACGCGAACCUGCAGGUGCACCGUAGCAAGGAGAACAGCACCCUUCAGCUCCUCAGGGAGGAGAACCGUGCCCUGCAGCAGCUGCUGGAACAGAGACAGGCCUACUGGGCCCAGCCUGAGGACAAGGCGGCACCUGCAGAGGAAAACAAGUCGGCCUCCUCUCCCCAUGAGGAGCCCCACAGUCCCGGGCUACUGCCCGACCAGGGCCCAGGCCUCUCCUCUAAUUUCGAGGAGCCCAAAGGGCCCUCGUCUCCGCAGGAAGACUCUAAGACACUGCGCGCCCUGCGGGAGAUGGUCAACAACCUGUCUGAGCCUUCUGGGGAGGAUGAGGGCCAGGAGGUCCCAGGCCUGCCUGACAGCCAUCAGCCCUUGCAGCUGCUGAGGGAGAUGAACCAGGCGCUGCAGGCCCUGCGCGAAGAGAACCGGCUGCUACAGGAGGAGAACCGAGCCCUACACGUGCUGCGAGAGGAGCACCGCACCUUCCAGGAGGAGAACAAGGCCCUGUGGGAGAACAACAAGCUGAAGCUGCAGCAGAAGCUGGUCAUCGACACGGUGACUGAGGUCACUGCCCGCAUGGAGAUGCUCAUUGAGGAGCUGUACGCCUUCAUGCCGGCCAAGAACAAGGACCCCAAGAAGCCCAGCAGGGUCUGAGGCCUCCGUGGGGCACAGGGACGCCACGAUUGGGGCACAGAACAUUGGGUGAAAGAGAAUCCUCUCCUUCCUUUGGUCUUCCUCGCCUUCACCCAUCAGUUCGUGCCUGUUGAAGAACAGCAUUCGGGCCUUCCUAAACUCAGAGAAGUAAUAAAGGCUUGAGGAGGCUGGGGCUAGUUAACUCCCAUGUGUGCUCUGGCUUCC